AUGAUUCCUCUUCCCCUUCUCCUUGUUUCUCUCCUUUUCGGCACUGCCGUUUCCCAGAAUCUCUGUGAUUCCCCAGCCGAUUUGGGCAAAUCAUGUGCUGGUUCCAAUUUUUCUAUUCGCUUCUAUUUCGAUAAGGAUAUGAGACGUUGCCUUCCUUUCAAAUACUUCGGAUGUGGUGGAAACGAAAACAACUUCUCGGAGAGACAUGAGUGCGUUCAAAGAUGCACUCCAAUGGAUCACCUCUUUUGCCCAGCCAACACUCCACCAAUGAAAAAUGUCUAUGGAUCGACGGAUUGUGGACAGAACAGUGGAGAUGUCAAGUGUGCGAAUAUAAAGAGCUUCUGCCACAUGGGACCGAAUGGAGCUGGAAUGUGCUGCUCGUUGGAAGCACAAAAGAAAGUAAACCAAGAUCGUGAUCCAUUUUGUCCAAACGGAAAGAAGAAGUAUUCCGUCUUCCGUGGGCAAAAGGAUCGUAUCGUCAUCGGAAAAUCAUGCGAUCAUCAGUUCUGUCCGGAUGAAUACGAUUGCCAGAAAGGCAACUUCUACGCGUAUUGUUGCGCUAAAUAA